AUGCAAAUCACAUCGCGGUGUCUUCGACACCCUGCAUCUGCCCCUCCUACUAUUCCGGAGGAAAAAAAGAAGAAGGGACGCCACCGCUUCCAAUCUACAUAUCCUACGCCGGCCUCUUCUGAAUACCAUCCUUCGGUUCCUCCUCCCUAUACCAAAACGACCCCUUUCCGACAUGCCCAUUUCGAGGAUGUCGUGAGACAACCACCGGGGCCGAUGACUCCUGCUUUCCCGCCGUUGAAUACGAGCCGUAUUACGCCGUCUCCUAUUUCCGACGGUUCGAUUGCAACGUAUUUCGUCCCUUGCAUGGGAUACCUAUUCCCCCUCCCCCCGAAUUGCGGAGAGGACGUCGCUGCUAUGUUAAAUGAAGGCGUAAAUGUUACAUAUGCAAAGGGUAGGCCGAUAUUCGGUCUUCCUAGCACCUGUACAUCAAGGGUGCCUCGAGCACCCGUGCAAGAUGCUUCAUCUGGACACUCUGUCCAAAGCUCUACCCUUUUCGAUGCCAGUGAAUCUCUAUCUGGCUCGAAUUCCCGGCAUAACGCGCCUAGUAAGCGCACCGGAAGGAGAUACACUCAAGGAUUCAAGGCGCCAAAAAGGCCCAAUUUCUUCUAG